AUGGCGAGUCUACUUGAUAAAGCCAAGGGUUUCGUGGCUGAUAAACUCGCUGGGGUUCCUAAACCGGAAGGUUCAGUUACGGACGUUGAUCUUAAAGACGUGAAUCGAGAGUCGGUCGAAUAUUUAGCCAAAGUUUCUGUCACGAAUCCUUACAGUCAUUCGAUUCCCAUCUGCGAGAUCACUUUCACUUUCCACAGCGCCGGCCGGGAAAUCGGAAAGGGGAAGAUACCGGACCCGGGUUCCUUGAAAGCUAAGGAUAUGACGGUGCUUGAUAUUCCGGUGGUGGUGCCGUACAGUAUACUGUUCAACUUGGCUAGAGACGUUGGUGUGGACUGGGACAUUGACUAUCUGCUCGAAAUCGGUCUCACCAUUGAUCUUCCUGUUGUUGGGGAAUUUACUAUCCCUAUUAACAGCAAAGGAGAAAUCAAACUACCUACUUUUAAAGAUUUCUUCUGA